AUGACAAAAUUUUCCAAUUCCGAGGAGCCUGGAUUUGUGGCCAUAUGUGGGGAGCUUAAGCGUUGGAUGAAGAGGAUCCAGCAACCACAGUCUAAACCUCGUGAGCGUUCUCAUGUUGCACAUUGCCUCGUUCCAUACACUUUCAACCCAGAUUUUGUCGGAAGAUCUGAGAUACUUGACUUGCUGAAAACUCAACUGGGAGAUCUGGAAUCUCAGUCACCUGGUAGGGGUCAUCGAAGGGCUGCACUCUAUGGCCUUGGUGGAGUUGGAAAGACACAAAUCGCAUUAUCAUAUGCAUACUGGACUCAGGAAGUUUCUCAGGAUACAUCAGUGUUUUGGGUCCAUGCUAGCAGCAUCGAAAAGUUUUCAGAAGGUUAUGCACAUAUCGCCAACGAGUGCAAGAUCACGGGACAUGAAGACCCUACUUUCGAUGUUUUGCCAGCCGUCAGAGACUGGUUGGAGAGCAAGGAGAGUGGACAGUGGCUGAUGGUCAUUGAUAACGCUGAUGACCUGCAACUUUUCUUCCCUCCUAACGAACCGUCAAAGCUGAAGCCCAAUGCCGAGAAUAACUUGGCUCAGUUCGUACCAGAAUGCCCUCAUGGCAAUGUGCUUAUCACAACAAGGAACAUGCAGGUAGGCUCACGACUUACAAAGGGCAAGUUUCCCAUCGAAGUCGGCAAGAUGGACGAAAUUGAGGCAUCUCAGCUUCUCCGUCAAGGCUUACACCAGGAGGAUGAGUCUGAAAAGGACUUGCUCCAGCUCUCAUCUCGUCUGGAGUUUCUUCCUCUAGCUCUGGUGCAAGCAGCUGCCUUUAUUCAGGAGAACUCCAUCACGGUCAACGAAUACCUCGAGCUCUUAGAUGGAAGUGCGGACGAUCUCAUUGAUCUCCUGAACGAAGAAUUCGAAACUGUCGGAAGGGACUCGGACACGCCUCGCGCGGUUGCCCAGACCUGGAUGCUUUCCUUCCAACAAAUAGAACGACAGUAUAUUUUUGCUAGUGAGCUCCUCUCGCUGAUGUGCUUAUUCGAUCGCCAAAGAAUACCUCUCGAAUUCCUCGAGUUUUACGCCAAAGAAAAUCUACCCGCAGACUCGAAUACCAAACUACAACUUGUGAAGGCACUUGGGAUACUAAAGGCGUUCUGCUUCAUCCGGGCAGAGAAAGCCGGUGACCAUACCAUGCAUCGUCUGAUUCAGUUAGUCACGCGGAAUUGGUUGGUACGAAAAGGAAGCAUAGCCGAGUUCACCAGGCACGCUUUCCUCUCUGUGUCGGACUUUUACCCCUAUGCACAGUUCGAAGAUACUGAAUGGUUCGAGAAGUUGACAACAUGCACUGGGUAUCUUUCGCACGCAAACUCUGUCCUGGAGGUCCAGAUACUUGAAGUAGAGGAAGAUAGACUUGUGAGGGCCUCAUUACUUCACCGAGUUGCGUCAUUCCUCUAUUACCAGGGCCGGUACCGUGAAGCAGAAAUUAUGCAACGCGAAGGAGUUGGCAUUCGAAAAGAGCUAUUAGGUGACGAUCAUCUGGAGACUCUCGUUUUAGUCUCAGACCACGCAGUUUCGUUGGCAGAUCUGGACCAAUAUGAAGAAUCGGAACGCUUGCUGCGAGGUGUCGUGGAGACCUGGAAGCGACUCGAAGGCGAUGAACAUUACAAAACUGUUGAUGCCAUGGGUAACCUUGCUGUCAUCCUCUCCGAACAAGACAAAAAUGAGGAAGCAAAUGCAUUAGAGAGACAAGUUCUCGAGGUCAGAUUACGAACACUCGGAGAAGAACAUCUCGAUACUAUCCACACGAUGGAUAAUCUUGCAAUCAACCUGGAUGAGGACAAGGAGGAAAAGGAAAGGAUGCAGAGAAGGUGUUUAGAAGUAAAGAUAAAGCAUCUUGGUGAGGAGCAUCCUCUAACACUCGACAGUAAGGCAAGUCUGGCGAGAACAUUAUUUAGCAAAGGCUGUGGUCUCUCGGAGGCUGAGGACUUGCAGGUCCAAGCCUACGAGACUAGCAAAAGAGUUCUUGGUCUAGAAAACCCCAAAACUCUGGCCCUCAUGACUGACCUUGGGACCACAUGGUUGGCGUAUGGUCAGCUCUUCAUAGACGAUAGGCAUUUGUAUCCCGACGUUGACAUGCUUGGCGAUGCGAGGAAUAUAUUGGAGGAAUGUCUUGCGCUGCGGACAAAGCUGUUUGGUCCAGAUCAUUUCUACACAAAUACGACACGCCAGGUGCUGGAGGAGUGCCUAGAGUCAAUCGAGGUCGCGAGACGUCUUGAUGCAGAAGCGGAGGCAAAGGCAGAAGGAAAAGCAGAGGCAGAAGCAGAGAUAUCAGACCUUGAUCCUAAGUGA